AUGCGGAACCCAUCCUUGCAAGUAUCUGUUGGCUCUCUAGUGCGGCCGCUGACCGCCGAGCAUCUUGAAAAUAGUAGCUCCACCAACACCGUCCUCUUUGGCUCUGUAACCCACCAAGCCAGGAACCAUCAUGAUCAACCAACGACUAGAAUGACACAGUCCCCAGCACGGGACUCUGCCAUCCUCUACCACAAUGCAGAAAACACAAUCUUUCUCAUCGAUACCCCACAUUCUAUAGCACUCGCGCAGGAAUCAGUCUGGGCCUCAUCCACAAGCAGACAAGCCCAGGCUCCUCGAUCACAAGAUUCUUCAGCGUCUCUACAGGGAGAAAUCUGUAAGAAGAGGAGAUGGCUAUUAUCUACGCCACCACUGGAAACCCCAUUCCCAUCUACGGAACCCAAGUCGCAUGCUGCGCGUGCGAAAGUGCUUGAGAGGAUUCCAGCGAGCGAGCAGCGAUUCCAUGGGGAAUUUAUACGACCGCUCGUUGAGUCUGCUUUGGUAGUGCUUCGGGAUGAAUACCAGAUUCGUGGUGGUCGAUGGUGUCUUCCCCGACGUGUUCGCGAUGAUGACAGCCAGCAUCAAUUGAAUGCGUCUACGCAUCCUGCUGGAAAACAGUUCAAUUCUGCGAGGAAGCGGCGCAACAAAGAUAUCUCUGAAACUGAACUUGCAGCUCAGCAACCUAGUGACGAUGGAUUUUCUCGGGCAAUGCCACCGGUUAUUCUGUCGUCCACAGCUAUCAAUUCCUUCGAAUCAAUGAGCGAUUUGCAAGACAGCAUCGUGGAGAACGUUUCCUCGGAGAAUGUCACUCUUGCUAUACGUUCCACGACUUAUCACGACGGGCAUAUGUACGACGAGUACACCAUUCCUCCAUAUGCAAACUUCAUCCUCUGCACUCUACCUAUAUCACAACCAGAGUGCAGUUAUCCCUCCAAGAUCAGCGCAAUCCCCAACCCAAUCCCUGCAGUCCCACAAGAUCAAAAAUUCAAUCUACUCCUCUUCGAUCCUCCUUGGCCAAAUCGAUCCGUUCGACGGAGUAAACACUACCAAGUGAAUGAUUACUCUGAGAUGGAGAUCUUGACACAGCGACUACGGGAUAUCCUGCGAACGCAUGCUUAUCACACUGGCUACUCGCCAAUUGAGAACUUCGGUAUUGGUCCCAGUCAACAUGACGGGGAUGCGCAAUGCCGUGUGUCAUGGGCGGCUAUCUGGAUUACCAAUGCUGAAAAGGCACGUCGUGCUGCGUACGAUGCUCUCACCAGCGCUGGUUUCCGCAUUGCUGAGGAAUGGAUCUGGGUUAAGACUACGGCCGAUGGUCAACCUAUUUCUGUGGUGGAUGGACUUUGGCGGAAGCCAUAUGAGAUUCUCGUUAUUGGGAGGGCAGAUCAGAACAGGGAUACUAUGGACUUGAGCUUCGCGUCCACAAAUGAGGGCAAUUCUCUGCAUGGUGAUGACUUGUUGGGUAUCGACCCGGCUGGUAUCAAGAGACGAGUUAUCGCUGCAGUGCCGGAUUUACAUUCGCGCAAGCCGAAUUUGAAGGAGGUUUUUGAGCGAGUGUUCUUCAUGGAGGGACGUCGAAAUGGGAGUUCAGGAUCGGAUGGAUCGGAUGCUAGUGUACAGUCAUAUUCUGCGAUGGAAGUGUUUGCGAGGAAUUUGUCGGCUGGUUGGUGGGCUUGUGGUAAUGAAGUUCUCAAGUUCAAUGCGCGAGAAUGUUGGGUGGAUGAAUGA